AUGAUUUUGGCACUUUUAGUAGUUUAUGUUCCUGAUGGUAAAACUCAAGCAGCAACAAAAACACCAACAUUAACAUUUUUCUCUACGAGGACUACCACAUCAUCAACUUCCUCCUUUCAUAUUACACGAACGAGUUCUACGUCACCUUUAUCGUCGCUAUCAUCGAAUCCUUCCACCACCUCCACUGCGACAACAGCCUCUUUAUCAUCGAUCUCCUCCAUCCACACGACAGCAAUUGCAAGACCGUUACCGUUAGUCAGUGUUAGUAGAACGGUUAGCGGAGUUUACAAUACAACUAUUGGUGGUAAUAGCACAGCCUCAACAAUUGGUUAUGGGAUGGGUCAAUAUCCUGCUACUGAAGAGCCAUCCUAUGCAUGUGAUAAUAAUAUAUCAACAAAGUAUCUAAAUUUUGGGUCAUGUAUAUCCAUAAAUAAUUCUCAAUGUAUUUUCAAAACGGGGUUUUAUCUUGAAUUACAACGUGGUUCAACAUUAGUUACGGGAAUGCAGAUUUGUACUGCCAACGAUUUUGCAGGGCGUGAUCCAUUUAAAAUGUCAUUGGAAGGAAGUAAUCAAUCUGGAACAAAUCUCGCUCUUGGCACCAGUUGGACUCUUAUCUACCAUGGUACCACUGGGCUACAGGCAGAUCCUGGUCGAUUCAAGUGUAGCGCUGUACGAACAUUAAACAAUACAGCAUGGUAUAAUAGUUAUCGAUUUCUUGUUUCUGAGACAAGAGCAAAUUCAAAUACUGUCCAAUACUCCGAAGUACGAUUGUAUGGGUAUUGA